CUCAUCCUCCUGCAUCUCCGCUCAGCAUCCUCAGCUCAGCAUCCCUCCAGCUGCUCUCCAUACUGCACCCCCUUAACCCAGGCCUUCCAGGGGGCACCCACCUCAAGGACCUGAAGGAUCUCCAGACAUCUGACCAGAGUUGGCAUUUGCAACCCCAGGAAAGCAUGAUAAUUAAUCACACAGACCAACAGCAGUACUGGAAAGCAGCAACCCACCCAGAACACUGCUAACAUAGCUGCUCUCCCCAAAAACAAGGUUAGGCCUCUGGCAUUCCAGGCUGAGAAGUCAGCAUUUGAGCACAAUCAUACAUUUGAAUUCCAAGAUUACAAUCCUAAGGUAGGGUAGCAAGCCUUGUAGCAUUCAGCCAUGGAGGACACAUACAAAGACCGGACUGCCUUUAUUCGAGGAGCUAAAGACAUUGCGAAGGAGGUCAAGAGACAUGCAGCCAAGAAAGUGGGCAAGGGUGUGGACAAGAUGCAGGAUGAGUACACAAAGAGAUCUUAUACAAGAUUUGAGGAAGACGAUGAUGACGAUUACCAGCCACAGGAUGGAUAUUAUCGGGAUGACACUCUGAAUGAUGAGGAAGGAGGCUCUAGUGAUGCCACCGAGGGGCAUGAUGAAGAUGAUGAAAUUUAUGAGGGGGAGUAUCAAGGUAUUCCCCGUGCUGAUUCCAUGAAGGGAGAUCACCUCACAAAUAACCAGCAGCUUGUUACAGAAUUCAAAGACUUUAAUGAUUUGGAAGGUCAAAGGAAAAAAGACAAGGAGGAGCUAGCUCAGCAAUAUGAGGCGAUCCUACAAGAGUGCGGACACGGGCGCUUUCAGUGGACACUCUAUUUUGUUCUUGGACUUGCCCUAAUGGCCGACGGAGUAGAGAUCUUUGUGGUGGGAUUUGUGCUGCCAAGUGCAGAGAAAGACAUGUGCUUAUCUGACUCCAAUAAAGGCAUGCUGGGUCUCAUCGUCUACCUGGGGAUGAUGGUUGGUGCGUUCUUUUGGGGAGGGCUGGCAGACCGAAUUGGCCGACGGCAGUGCCUACUUAUCUGUCUCUCUGUCAACAGCGUUUUUGCCUUCUUUUCUUCAUUUGUCCAGGGAUACGGCACCUUCUUGUUCUGCAGGCUUCUAUCUGGUGUUGGUAUCGGUGGGUCCAUUCCAAUAGUCUUCUCCUAUUUCUCUGAGUUUCUAGCCCAAGAAAAAAGGGGAGAGCACUUGAGUUGGUUGUGCAUGUUCUGGAUGAUAGGCGGGAUAUAUGCCUCAGCAAUGGCUUGGGCCAUCAUUCCACACUAUGGAUGGAGCUUCCAGAUGGGUUCCGCUUACCAGUUCCACAGCUGGAGGGUGUUUGUGCUGGUGUGUGCAUUCCCAUCUGUGUUUGCUAUAGGAGCUCUAACCACCAUGCCUGAGAGCCCUCGCUUUUUCUUAGAGAACGGGAAACAUGAUGAAGGUUGGAUGGUGCUAAAGCAAGUUCAUGACACCAAUAUGAGAGCCAAAGGACACCCUGAGAGAGUGUUUUCCGUGACCCAAAUUAAAACUAUUAAGCAAGAGGAUGAGCUUGUUGAGCUCCAGUCAGACACUGGGACCAUUUACAGACGCUGGACAAUCCGAAUGCUCAACCUAUUACAACAGGUCUGGGCCAACUUCCGUCAGUGUUUUGCCCCAGAAUACCGACGUACUACUCUCAUGAUGAUGGCUGUUUGGUUCACUAUGUCGUUCAGUUACUAUGGGCUGACCGUGUGGUUCCCAGACAUGAUCAAACACCUGCAAAAUAUCGACUACGCCUCUCGUACAAAGUACUUCCAUAAUGAGUCUGUGAAUAACUUCAACUUCAACUUCACCUUGGAAAACCAGGUCCACAAGAAAGGAGAAUACCACAAUGACAAAUUCAUAGGCCUCAAGCUGAAGUCGGUCAUCUUUGAAGAUUCCUUGUUCACCGACUGCUACUUUGAGGAUAUCACCUCCAGUAACACUUUCUUCAAAAACUGCACUUUCAUUCGCUCAAUGUUCUACAACACCGACCUGUUCGAUUACAAGUUCAUCAACAGCAAGUUCACCAACAGCACGUUCCUGCACAGUAAGGAAGGGUGCCAGCUGGACUUCAGUGAUGAUAUCAACAACGCCUACAUGAUAUACUUUGUGAGCUUCCUGGGCACCCUCGCAGUCUUGCCUGGCAACAUUGUGUCUGCUUUGCUCAUGGACAAAAUCGGGCGCCUUCGAAUGCUGGCUGGCUCCAGUGUUAUGUCUUGCAUCAGCUGCUUCUUCCUGUUCUUCGGAAACAGCGAGUCAGCCAUGAUUGCUUUGCUCUGCCUUUUCGGAGGGGUCAGCAUUGCUUCUUGGAAUGCCCUGGAUGUCUUGACGGUGGAGCUCUAUCCUUCUGAUAAGAGGACCACAGCUUUUGGAUUCUUGAAUGCCCUCUGCAAAUUAGCUGCUGUCCUGGGAAUCAGCAUUUUUACUUCAUUUGUUGGGGUAGCCAAAGCCGUACCCAUCUUGUUGGCAUCUGCAGCAUUGGCGGUGGGUAGCUUUCUAGCCCUCAAACUACCGGAGACCCGAGGUCAAGUACUUCAGUGAAACGCACCCAUGUACAAACAGAUAACAUAUGUAGGCACUGUGAAACGUCUUUUUUUUUGUGGGGCCUGGCCCUGAAUCCUCCUCUCCCCUGAGAUAUCAAUACGGUAAUAUGAAUAAGUGUUUGAGAUAGAGUGAUAGAUAGAUUGAGUGCUUUCAAGAGAACAGAAGGCUGAAAUUGUUUGCACUAUUGCUAGUCUUGAGAGUAUCUUCAAGGAUUAUUUUGAGUUUGAGGUGGUUUAAGAUAAUCAGAAUUGUAAUUGUAGGAAAGAGGAGAGUUGAGGCUUCCCACAUACCCUUGUUUCUGAGAACAUUGACUGAAAGAUUCUUGAGGUUUAUAAAAAAAAAAUUCUUUAUCGUCUGAAAAAAAGCAAUGGUCUUUACAUACAGGUGGUAACUACUGACAUAUGGAAAAAAUGAUAUACUUGCUGAUAUUGAUUUAAAAGGGGAAGUUCACCUUUAAAUUCAACUGUAGUAUGUUAUAGAUGGACCUAUUUAAAGCACAUCUUCAAUUGGUAUUUGUUUUUUUGUAAUGGUUAGGCUUUUUAUUCUGGCCUUCAACCUGAAAAUGCUGUUUGUCUGGGUCACAGAUCCAGGCAACCAAAAAACAUCUUUCCAAGGACUACAGCAACACAGAUAACUCUUAAAUUUCCAAGCUUGAGAAACACACAAUGUAAAAUGGAAAGAUUUCGAAAUUUGCCAAAAACUUAAAAAUGAAGACCACUUGCAAAUUGUCUUAGAACAAAUAACACGCCUAAAUCAUACCAAGGGGGUUAUUUAUCAAAAUCCUUGAAAAAUUCAAGUUUUUUUUUUACUAUAAUAUCCAAAUUUUUAGUUGAAAAAAAACCCUGAAUUUUUCAAAAUGUAUUAAACCCCGUGGCUGUAAAAAGUCUGAAUGUGAAAAUCAUCUUCAACCUGUCGUGGUCCUGUAGAAGUCAAUGGCAGAGGUCCUAUUUGAAUUUGCGCUGGGUUUCAUACAAUAGUCCAAACAUUUCUGACUUUUCCGACGAUUUCAUGAAAAUGUCGGACUUUUCGGGCAUAAAAUCCAAAGAAUUUGGAGUUUUUACGAAACAAUCAAAAAAGUCACGGUUUUUGUCAAUCCAGUUCCUUUUCAUGGAUUCAAGUUUGGUCGGACUUUUUCAUUUAAAUAAUCUAAAAAAUGUGGAUUUUGAUAACUAACCCCCCAAAAGUAAAAUUUAUGGUGAAUUACCUCUUUAAAACUCCAAACCACUUUUCACCAGUUAUUGUAUGAAAUUGCACAGGACUACUUUCCUAUUUCCCCUAUAAAGAGGCUCCUUCCAGAUCCCUCACCAUCUAGCUGACUCUUACCCUGUUGUGCUGGACCAGAACCAGCCCAGAGUUUUCAGUCCAUAGUGCAGAUAUGCAGAAACUAAGAGGUAGAGCUGGAAUAUGGGAUAUAGUCCGGUAGCUCAAUGCACUAUAACUGGUGAAAGGACUGUUCUGGGUCUUUAAUUUCCCUUUAAAAGAUAAAUUACUACCUGUUGUAGAACCUUUAAAAAACAAAAACAGUAACUUGAUGCAGAUAAAUGUCAAACCUAAGUCAAUGCUUACACUAAACAAAGGUUAUUACAUAGACCUUAAUAAGUCAUGGCCAUAAUUAGUUAAAUAGACAGGUAUUUUAGAGGGGGGCAAUAAGGUUUUGGAUAUCAGCUAUAUACACUAGGUGGCAGCAGUGCACUUACAACAUAUUCACUAGAUAUCAUACAUUUUUCAAUGAGCAAUGAUUCUGUUAUCAGUGGCACUUAUAAUACAGUUGUAUUCCCACUGCAACAUGUCUUUCGUGGCCAAUUUGUAGUGGCAAUUGUAAAUGUAAACACCGGAAAGCAGUCAAACAUUCCUUUAAACGAGGGCGCAGUUGAAUAGACCUCUUUUUAAUCAAGAGAUCUGUCAAAUUUCCUUAAAAGCACAAAGCAAGUGAAGAGGAGGUCUGAGAUGUUUAACAAACCUACUUUGUUAGUUUGAGCACAUAAACAAGAUAAAACGAUUUUUUUUUAAUCAACUGCCAUAUUUAUAAAAUAUAUAUAACUGCACACAUUUCUUAAAAAAAAAAAAAUUUCAAUUGUUGAUCAAGUUUAAAAGCAUAUCCUGGAUACAGGGAGGUGUUAAUUAUAAAAUAUUCCGUUAUCGUGGCAUGGAAGUAAUUGGUUCCUGGAUGAGGAACAGGGAUGUCUUCAGUUGUUGUGGAAAUACAUCUCUCACUUUCUUCACCAGCGAAAACAUUGGGGUUUGUAUUUCUGCAAGUAUUGGGAGGCCACAGCUUCAAUACUCUUUAUUUUAGCCAGAAUCUGUUAACAGGCCUUGAUAGCUUUAAGCUAGAUAUAAACAGGCUGAUCAUAUCUUCAGUCCUUUUGCCAACAAUUGGAUCUCCAGUAGAGUACUGUUGGCCCAGAGGCCACCGACAGCAUCUAUGGAUUUUUCAUGUCAGUUUUGUCAAUAUCUGAACCAGAAAUGAUCAGGUAUUGCUUAAGGAGACCAUAGUUUGACUAUAGUAUAACCAAUCUGCAUCCAAUAUCUGCCUAUGUCCAGCUUUACUGUCUUUCAUUGGAAAGAUAAGGCAUUUUUCUUGAAACUCCCAAUCUUAAAGGGGAACCACAAAAUCUUCUUGUUCAAAGAGUGUGUUCCACUUGAAAGAUCACAAUAAUACUUAGGGGCUUCAGAUUUCCUCCACUAUACUGGGCUGCCAUUUCUCUAUGUUCAAAAUGGUGUUCAAUAUAGACAUUUUGCAUUGCCAAUCAGUAGAAGGCCCUUGGCAUUUAAGAAUUUAAAGCAACUGGUUGCAUAGUUCAAGUCAAGUUAUUGUCUUAAAAACAUAUCACAUUAUAACUUGAUAUAACUCCAAGAACCCCUGCUAAAUCAAUCCAGUUCAACACUAUUUGGCAUUUAUUUCACGUGGUCUUAAACCAAGUAAUUUAUGGAGACAUAUCUCUGUUAAUUUGCAUUCUUUUAUCCUUAGAACAACUCUGAGUACUUGAAAGUGCCAUUCUCUGGUCCUACAAAUUUAACAACAGGCAGCGAGUUAUCUGGAAAAACCCUGCCAGGUAUUGUAACAACACACACUGAUCAAAGGAAAGAAUUAGAAUAUAAUAUGUUUAUAUGAUAAAUAGGAAAGGCUGCCAUUUUGUGUACAAUAUUGUAUAUACAUAUUUAUUCAUUAUAUAUUGGGGGUUGAGUGGGGAAUUGCAGGCUAAUGAAAAUAAAUAUAUAGUCAGAUUAGUCAUUCUAGAAAAGCCUGUUAUCUCUUAGAAGAUAUUGAACAUAUCUUUAAAAAAAAGUGUGCAAAUAUAUUAGGUUUUUAAGCACAGGGGACCCUAAUUCAGCCAUUUAUUUGGAUACCUUGAAACAGAAGACGAAUAGAAACAGCCAAGAAGCACCUACUGAAAUGUUGGGUGGAACGUUGCCCAGUCAAUGCUUCUGUAGAACAAUCUAAGGCUACAACAGAAGGAUCUUUGCUUGGCAAGGUUCCUUUGGCUCUGGACCUUACAGCCUAUGGAGGUUACGAUGCCUUUUAAGAACUUGUCCCAUGCCAAGAUGUCUCAUAUGAAUACAAAUGUGCUGGAAUUUGGUCUUAGGUUUUAUAAAAUUGAACUUAUUUUACCUGAAACAGUCAGUAAGUAGUGGCUGAUAGAUAUAAUAACCAAUUGGUUUUAGAAUAUGAGAAAUUUUAGGUGUUAAAGAUACAUCAUAGUUUACAGCAGAAAA